UUGGUCGUUCGAAUCUUCAAGCUAGCGUCGGUGGCCCCAUUUGCCCUAGGAGUUGUGGUCGCUUGUUUACUAGGUUGCUGGGAUUCUUUUUUUGUUGCGUGUGUUCGCUAGUUGGACUGCAGAAAUUUGUAGGUCCGACCUGUCGCGGCGGCGAAGAUGUCUUCGCGUUAUUCGCGCCCCCCGAAUUCGUCGCUCUUUGUUCGAAACCUGCCAGACGGCACCAGGCCCGAAGACCUGCGAAGUUUCUUUUCCAAACACGGACCGUUAACCGACGUCUAUAUUCCCAUGGACUACCACACCCGUAGGCCACGCGGUUUCGGUUACGUGCAAUUCGAAGACCUUAGGGAUGCGGAAGACGCCAAGUACGCCCUGGACAAGGCACGGUUCUGCGGCCGAGAGAUCGAGAUCGAGUUUGCCCGGGGAGACCGCAAGACCCCGACGGAGAUGAGGGGCCGGCAGCAGGGCGACAGGAGGCGCUCGUCCUCGGGCCGCAGCCACCGCGACGACCGGGGCAGCAGGAGGUCGCGCUCCCCUUCGCGCAGGGACCGUGGCCGCAGGUCAAGGUCGUACACCAGGUCGAGGUCCAGGUCACGCUCCCACUCGUCGCACGGUGGACGCAACGACCGGCCCCGGAGCAGGGACCGCUCUCCGUACCGGGCCCCGGACAGAGGCUACGACAGGUCCAGGAGCCGGUCCCCAGAGUGACUCCCGAGAUGCCCCCACCUUGUGUACUCUCAUUAAAGACCUCGGCACACUCCCCCGUAGAAAGGUUGUGCCGAGAUGGUGGAGCCAAUGUCUGUUGGAGACGUCGGCCGCCCACCUCGAAA